UCCCGCUCUGUCGUGUUUCAUUUAUGUUAACGGGCUAAUGCCGGUGUACUUUAGUCUGCUGGAUUACUUACAAGUACACCCUUUUUUUUUCUUUUUUCUUUUUUUUUUUUUUUUUUCGUGUCGAGACUUCCCAUCUCGAAAUUCACCUCUUAGGUGGUCGACUCGUUUCCCACUCCCCCUUUUCCUUCCCCCCUUCCCUUAUUCCUCUUUUUUUCUUUUUCUUUACCACACAUUUCUUUUCUUUCAUCCUUUCUUCUUUAUCAAAUCCAUCAUAUCUCUACGGAUAAAGAACCUAUCUCAUUCUUUAUCCUCCGUGGCCACGAGGUCGUACGACCGCUUUGCGUCUGGUCUCCUUGUCAUAGUCAAUUCUUGCGUCGGACUCAAUCCUUGCCCACUCAUUUCGCAACACAUCAGCCCAUUAUCAAUUCAAAAAGGGGGUCCCAGUUAGGCAUCUAGCCGUUUUUAUUUCUUUUUGUGGGGACCUCUCGAUCUUUCAGCUGAUCUUGAACCUCACUCCCCCCCCUUUGUCGCCUCCAUAUCCGCAUCCAAUUCUUCGAGCACGUUGGGCAUCAACACCAUCGAUCAGAAAUCGAAACCCUCCCUCUACUGGCGGAGUACAAGGAUCUGGUCGAGGGAUUUUCCCUGUCAACGCGCAUUUCCGCUGCAAUCCCGGAGCGACAACGCUUCCAUUCACCCUAUUCAGUCAAGUUGGCGGGCCUUCGCUACAACCAGUCCUCUUUCCUCCACCCUCUUCUGGGC